ACAAUUCAUCUCCUUCUACUCCAGUGGUUCUCAACCUGUGGGUCGCGACCCCUUCAGCAGUCGAACGACCCUUUCACAGAGGUCGCCUAAGACCAUCCUGCAUAUCAGAUAUUUACAUGACGAUUCAUAACAGUAGCAACAUUACAGUUAUGAAGCAGCAACGAAAAUAAUUUUAUGGUUGGGUCACAACAUGAGGAACUGUAUUUAAAGGGCCAGAAGGUUGAGAACCACUGUUCCUAUUGGGCAGGUGAGCCAUAUGGUGUGGCCCCACUACUUGCCAGGGAGGCUGGGAAGAUGGAGAGGAACACGUGGCUGUUUGGGGGACCCCCUCCUCUACUCCCACCAUCUGGGUGCUUGCUGUGCCCCAGUGCCCAGCACUGAAUCUGGUCUAUAGUAGAUACUCCAAUGGAGGGUUGUUGAAUGAGUGGAAGGUGAGCAUGGAGAGUGAGCAUGGGAAGAUGGAAAACAGGCAACUCCCUGGUCCGAGGGGCCUUUAGAGGCCACGGGAAGUUCCCUGCACUUGGGAGAACACAAGUCCUGCCCCUUGGCUGGGGCUUCCCCACAGUGGGGCGUGGUGAGUCCUUGGCAAAUCAUAAUAGGCUCGGGCCACUGAGCUACCAGCCUUGAAGUUCAUUUCCACCCUGAGCGAGGCGCCUGCACAGGCGGAAGCCACCAUGGAGAUGGCGGAGGAAGGCUGUGCCCGCCGGCUGCGUCACCUGCUCAUGGCGCCUGUCCUGCGGGUGGUUUUACCGCUGUUUUUUCUCGGCCUGAUGAUCUUCUGCGUCCUAUGCUGCUGGCUCCUGGCACAGCAGCAACUGCUCCAGCCACCUGAGUGGGACAUAGCUGAGCUCCAGCUGAACCACACAGGUGAAAUGGGACUGCGGCAGGACCCCAGGCUGCACUGGCAGGGGGGUCCAGCACUGGGCCGCUCCUUCCUGCAUGGACCACAGCUGGACAACGGGCAGCUGCGUGUCCAGCGUGAUGGCAUCUAUAGGCUGCACAUCCAGGUGACACUAACCAACUGCUCCUCCUCGGUGAAGAACAUUGUGUCCCGCAGGGCCAUCCUGGCGGUGGGCAUCUGCUCCCCAGUGGUGCGCAGCAUUAGCCUGCUUCGUCUCAACUUCCACCUCAGCUGCACUGUCUCCUCCCAGCGCUUGACAUACCUGGCCCACGGGGACACCCUCUGCACCAACCUUACGCUGCCUCUGCUGCCCUCCCAAAAUUCUGAUGAGACUUUUUUUGGGGUUCAGUGGGUGCACCACUGAAUGCUAUACCUCCUCACUCAGAUUUUUGGGAGAGAUUUUUUUCUGUUCACUGUUUAACACACUAUUAAAUAUGAUUUAUAAUAAAAUAUAUACUUCGUUGCAUGGUCCUUUCUUUCCUUA